ACAAAACAAUGACGUCAUCAUCACGCGUCUCAUGAUUUUCAAACCGGAUGUUUCAUUUGCAGUUCUGUACGACUGUAAUCUUAUUUUACUUUUUUUCAUAAACGCUUACACUUGCAGGUCUAUGGUAAAAUGUCUCAGAUUUAUCUAUCUUUAGCUGAAAUGUAAAGCAAUAGCAAGCCGCUCAAUCCUGUAAACAAUACACAUUUAGACUGCAGCUUAACAGCUAAACACAACAUCUAGGGUUUACGUUGACUGCAUAGCCGAAGUGCAACAUGGGUGCUGAGCAGAGUGGAGACGCAGAUCAUAAACAUUCAGACUUCAGUGCUUCAGUUGUACCCUCUCCAGCUAAGCAUAGAGCCAAAAUGGAUGACAUAGUAGUGGUUGCUCAAGGAACACAGUCGUUACGAAACAUCCACAAUGAUCCUGAUGUAAUAAAGCUACAGGAGAUUCCCACCUUUCAGCCACUACUGAAAGGUGUUCUCAGUGGACAAACCUCCCCCAGCACUGUGUGUUUAGAAAAGCUGGAUUCAGCACAGGUCCUGCAACUGUGUGUAAGAUAUCAGGAUCAUCUGCACCAGUGUGCGGAGGCUGUUGCAUUUGACCAGAAUGCUUUGGUCAAGAGGAUCAAAGAGAUGGACCUGUCAGUCGAGGCGCUGUUCAGCAUCAUGCAGGAAAGGCAAAAGCGGUACGCCAAAUACGCCGAGCAGAUCCAAAAGGUCAAUGAGAUGUCGAUGAUUCUGAGACGUAUUCAGAUGGGGAUCGACCAGACUGUACCACUCAUGGAGCGCCUCAACAACAUGCUGCCCGAGAGUGAGCGGCUGGAGCCUUUCAGCAUGAAACCUGAUGGAGAUAGCAAAUAAAAGUCUUAGUGUGUUGAUACUGAUUGACUUUGAUACUGAUUGACCUACCUCAGGUCUCUUCUGGAUGUUACCAAUGGAGCACAUCACUUUUGCACUGGAUUGCUUAUCGUAUGCCUGGAUCAGGUGUUUCCUGGCGUAAAUGAAGUUACAUGGUACAAAAGAUGAAAUUAUAUUACUGAAAAUGACAAUUGUGUGUGUGUGUGUGUGUGUGUGUGUGUGUGUGUGUGUGUGUGUGUGUGUGUGUGUGUGUGUGUGCGUGUGCGCGCUCUGGUACAUAUUUACUCAAUAGGCUUAAUGGAGUGCUCUUGAAGGGCAUGACAACAUUCAGAAUGCUAUUCAAUGAGAAGUCAUUAAUGCAUAUGAUGCUCUUGCACUUAAGGUUGUCUGCAGACUCUCUGUAAUUAAAGUUGUUGGCAUUACAGUUUCUGUUUUCAUGAGAGAUUUAUUAAACACAAUACUUUUUUGGCAUGGGAUUUGAAAAAAAAUAUAUUGAUGAAUUUGGGGGUUGCACAAUAUAUAGUGUAUAUGUAGUGUAUCUUGUGUAUAGGUAUAGUAUGCAGUGUAUCAUGUCUGUAUAUGUAUGGAGUAUGGAGUGUAUCAUGUAUAUGUAUAGAGUGUGCAUAUGUGGAAAAAGUGAAGCGCUAUGAAUACUUUCCGGAUGCACUUUAGUUUUUUUUUUUUUUUCAAUGAUGCAGUUAAUCAUCCACAACCUUGACAAACCAAGCGAGCAGCAUUUUAAAUUUCAACAAAGACCACAGUUUCAGCUAAAAAUAAAUAAAUAAGCAUUUGCUGGGGCAGAUUUAA